GAUCAGUUAUCUUAACAUUGGGCAGGUUUCGAAACCUAAACUUUUCUUUAAAAUUCUUUUUGUGGGGUCGAGUUAAGUUUAUGUGAACCUUUCUGCGCUGAGUUUGUAAGGUUUAAAACUAUUCCCUGCGAGACCGUUCUGAAAGAUGACCCUGUCCUGGAUGCUGUGACAUUUCAGCAGGAGGGUGAAAGGAGCCCACUUCCUUAUGUCUCCAGUUUGGUGCAUGACUAUUUGACUCAGUUCCCUUCUUAUCGCACUUGUCCUCAGAGAGAAGGAAGGAAGCCAACAGCGGGGUUGGUUCCGAUUUGUUCCUGUCACACCCUCUCUUCGUUGCUAAUGAGGUUUGAUGUUCCGGCUGUUCCUCCACCUAACCCCAGCUCCUCAUUAUGUUAUCCCAAGGUCUGACUGUCAACAUUUCCGAGAUGGCUCCCUUCCUUCGGAUUGGCUUCUCCAACUUUGACAGCGGACCGUGCCCACAAGCUGAGGAAGUGCAGAAUCCUUUCUGUGCUGUCAUCGUGAAAGAGCCAGUGGAUACAGAGAAAGGGCAGAUCUUCAUGCAGAAAAAGCCCACAAUGUACCCUCCUUGGAACAGCACUUUUGACGCGCACAUCAACAAAGGCCGAGUCAUGCACAUCCUUGUCAAGGGCAAAAGUGUUGAGCUGAUCUCCGAAACUACAGUGGAGCUGAAUUCCCUGGCAGAGAAAUGUAAACGCAACCAAGGAAAAGCAGACAUCUGGCUAGAUUUAAAGCCCCAGGGCCGAAUGCUAAUGAAUGUGAAGUACUUUCUUGAACAAAAUGAAAACAAAGCAACUGCAGAAGGUGAAACAGAAGGUUUGUUUGCAUUGCACCAGAGAAGAGGAGCCAUCAAGCAGGCCAAAGUUCAUAAUGUCAAAAACCACGAAUUUAUAGCGACAUUCUUCCCACAGCCCACCUUUUGCUCUGUCUGCCAUGAAUUUGUUUGGGGAUUAAAUAAACAAGGAUACCAGUGCAGACAGUGCAAUGCUGCAAUUCAUAAGAAGUGCAUUGAUAAAAUAAUAGCCAAGUGUACUGGAUCAGCAGUCAACAGCAGGGAGACCAUUUUUCACAAGGAACGGUUUAAAAUAGAUAUGCCUCAUCGAUUUAAAGUCUACAACUACAAGAGCCCGACUUUCUGUGAGCACUGUGGGACUCUCCUAUGGGGUCUGGCCAGGCAAGGUUUAAAGUGUGAGGAAUGUGCCAUGAAUGUUCAUCACAAAUGUCAGAAUAAAGUAGCAAACCUGUGUGGUGUUAACCAGAAGAUGAUGGCUGAAGCCUUGGCUCAAAUAGAGAGUGAACAACAGGCCCGUAACUUGCGUGAUCAAGUGGAAAUAGGACGAGAAAGACCUGUUGAAAUUAACCAGGGUGUUGUCAAAAAGCCGUCAGAAGGUGAACAGGCUGCUGUCUCUGCCAAGAAAGAGGUGCAAGGAAUCAGCUGGGAAACUCCAAUUGAAGAGGAAGACUCAUCGUCCGACUCUCCCACCUAUGAGGAACCCCACCGAAUCGACCAGCGCAGGUUCACAGUUGACGACUUUGUCCUUCACAAAAUGCUCGGAAAAGGGAGUUUUGGCAAGGUCUUCCUUGCAGAGCUAAAGGACAAGAAUCAGUUCUUUGCCAUUAAAGCAUUGAAGAAGGAUGUGGUGCUGAUGGACGAUGAUGUGGAAUGCACUAUGGUUGAGAAACGGGUACUCUCUCUUGCCUGGGAACAUCCAUUUCUCACUCACCUCUACUGUACGUUCCAAACCAAGGAGAACCUGUUCUUUGUCAUGGAAUACCUGAAUGGCGGUGACCUGAUGUUUCACAUUCAGAAUUGCCAAAAGUUUGAUGCACCAAGGGCAACGUUUUAUGCUGCGGAAAUUAUUUGUGGUCUCCAGUUUCUUCACGCCAAGGGCAUUAUUUACAGAGAUCUGAAGUUGGACAACGUGCUGCUUGAUCUAGAUGGUCAUAUCAAAAUUGCAGACUUUGGGAUGUGUAAAGAAAAUAUUUCCAAUGAUGCAAGGACCAGCACAUUCUGUGGAACACCUGAUUAUAUUGCCCCAGAGAUCCUGCUGGGACAGAGGUACAGCAUGUCAGUGGAUUGGUGGUCCUUCGGAGUCCUCCUCUACGAGAUGUUGAUUGGCCAGUCUCCUUUCCAUGGCAACGAUGAAGACGAGCUCUUUCAAUCCAUCCGCACAGAUGACCCGAUCUACCCCCGCUCACUGGGCAAGGAGGCAAAAGACAUCCUCAUCAAACUCUUUGUUAGGGAGCCGGAGAGAAGACUUGGAGUUAAAGGAAGCAUUCGGCAACAUGCCUUUUUCCGAGAUAUUAAUUGGCAGGCAUUGGAAAACAGGGAGGUGGAGCCGCCUUUCAAACCCACUGUGAAAUCAUCAAGUGACUGCAGCAACUUUGACAAAGAAUUCCUGAACGAGAAACCCAGACUGUCAUGUGCAGACAGGACCCUCAUCAACAGCAUGGACCAAAACAUGUUCAACAACUUUUCAUUCACAAACCCAAAAAUGGAGAGAUUGCUUUGACGAAGAUCAGAGGACAGCUGUAAAAUAUCUUACCUCGGUAACACUGAAGAGUUAACACUUCCCAUUCACCCUUGACCACAGCAUGGUGAUCGUUACAUUCUAUGUUAAACGUGUGGCAUGAAAAUAGCUAUCAUGUAAGUUAAAUAUACUGGAAUGUCCUGAAUAUCCAUGUUGAAAAUCACUUUAUGGUAACAUCCAAAGCAUCAGAGAAGAGAUGCUAAUUUUAUUUGGAUUGGAAGGACAAGGCAUUUAUGCCUAAACUUGAUGGCUAUAAUCUUUCAGCUCAAAGACUUAAGCACGAGACCAACACUGCAAGUGGAAACAUUUAGAUUUUGAUUAAGUGUUUUAAUAAGUGUUUGUUUCCAUGCAAAUUGCUAUGGAGCAAGAAUGCAAAUAACAGUUGAUUCUAGGAAAGUAUUUUGUUUCUCGGUUGUGUGCAUGUGUGGACAUUUCAUUCUCAGGUAGUGUCCUGGCUUACAAUGAACUAGUGCUGGGCUGCUUGAAAGAUAACUCACAAACUCAUUCCUGUCCAAAUCACUGACCCAUAGACCAAAACACACACAUCCCCUUUACAACCCUUGGCAUUAUAUAAUAACGAGCAUUUUGUACAGUGACGCUGCGUAAUAUACACCAUGACAGCCGAGCGGGAGGAGGGGGGGGGUGAAUUUGCUGACCCCCCGACAGAAUGGGUAAAUCACAUUGUUCCUUCUUUGAUGGAGUGAAUGUUCAGCUUUUGCAUCAAACCUGAUGUGCAACCUCCACUCGGAGCCUGAGUUACAACGCAAAGUGACGGAAAUGAAACAAAAGUGCUCAACACGUUGGCCAUUGACUACCUUCUUGGCAACUGGAAGGUGGAGAUUUCACACGCUGUUGAAAUUCCACUCCCUUUGUCUCUUCAUUGUGUGCAGGCUUUUCUUCCAGUUUUGAGGUCAUCAGGUCAGUCCUGCUACAGCCUGCCACUGGGGUUCCGUUAACUACAUGCAGUUAGCAGCCCAGGAAGACCAUUAGUGUGCAACUAGGGGAGAAUAGAAACCUAUUUCAACAGUUCAUAUUCAUGUGCAGUUCACAUUGGACAGAACCAGCAGGCUUCCAUGAACCCUGGGAAACCAGCUGAAAUGAGUCGGGAACAUCAAUCAUGUGAUAUGGGCAGCAAUUCCAGGCCAGCCACAUUGAUCAUGCACUGGAAGAGGAGAAAAUAACCAGGACUGGAAAUGAGCAACUUGGAAACAUUUCCCAUAUUGGAUAGUGAGUCAUCUUGAAAGGAGGGUCAAAAUGUAUAAGGGCGUUCUUCUCUUCAGGAAUUUAGAUGGGACAUCCCAAUAAAAAAGGUCUUGGACUGUUGUUAAGUCAACAAUUUUGAUGUAGACCCAGUAUAACUUGAAGUAGUUACUUAGGAUGUGACCUUGCCAUCAACUGCAAUCUUAUCUCUUGUGACCUCUUCCACUUUACUUACUCAAUGCUACUCUGGAUAUUUUGUGUUUGAAUUUUCCCCUAAGCUCCAAUACAAUGCAAUGCAAACACCCUUCAUUCUUGCUCCAUCCUUGCAAGUCUGAAUUCAGGAUUAAACAACAAUCGAACCCCGGAUCUCAUAACAGGCCUGGACAGAAUAGGUGCAGGAGGGGGAUGUUCCUGAUGGUGGGAGAGUGCAGAGCCAGGGGAAAUAGUUUAAGGAUAAUAGGCUAAACUUAUUAGGACUGAGAUGAGGAGAAAUGUCUUCCCUUAGAGUGUGGUGAACCUGUGGAAUUCACUACCACAGAGAGUGGUUAGGCCGAAACAUUGUGCUUUCAAGAAGGAGAUGAAUGUAGUUCUUGUAGCUUAAAGGGAUUAAGGGAAAUGGGGGAUGGCAGAUUAGGGCAUUGAUUUCAAUGAUCAACCAUGAUCAUCAUAAAUGAUAGAGCAGGCUCAAGGGGUCACAUGGCCUACUCCUGCUCUGAUCUCCUAUGUUUCUAAAUAAUCAAAAUCUCUACUUCCCUCGGCCCUUUUUUUUAUCCCAUGUAGAGAUGUUUAUGACUUAAACUAAUUACCUUACUCGUCUUGUCUCUUCUUUAAACAUUACUGCACCCUGCACUUUUUGACUUUCAAGAUGAAUUGAGUCAUAUUUUCAAGUGGCAUUACUUCCUUACACCUGGUACAGACAUUGCUAUUAGUUACUUGAUUGGAGACAGUGCUGUUCCCUUCAUUAGUCACUGAAUCCCCUGUGCAUUUUUCUUACUACGAAGGCAUGUUAUCCUUUCCUAGUUAUUCUCCAAAUACUUACGUGAACCCUCUAAUCUUCGCAAUUACUUUCUACACCCUUAAAGUUUGUCAUUGAAAUACUUUCCUCACUCGAUUGCAUUUGAAACGCAGUGCAUUCAGGAGCUCUACCAUUUUGUGAUGCAGAUUGAAAGGGAAGGCUAUGUCUUCACACAUGGGUACUGUGCUGUGAUCACUGACCUUGGCUCUGUGACUGUCAGGUCUCAACUGGGGAGUAUAGAAGUCAAGGCAGGACACAGAGAAAGAAUCUUGACUUCAGCAACAACAGAACAGUGAGAGGCCAAUGAGCUAAAACUGCAUUCUGUUUCAACUUUCCACCAAUAUUGAGUGGGAAUAUUGGUGUGAUGUGAAAUACACUACUGCAAAGGGCAGUGGAAGCAGAUUCAAGCCUAUACUAACUUUCAAAAGGGAAGUGGAUAAAGGAAAAUAUUCAGAUGGCUAUAGAAUAACUCAAAGCACCAUCCCAGCUGUCUGACCUCUUCCUGUGCAGCGUAAUUCUUUGAUGCCCCUACCACCCUUGAAUCAAAUCACUUGCUGACACACUACCGGAGGGAACAUCGGGCUGUAAUAUUUAACAACUUGAGACGGGGAGGGGGGGGAUUGAAAAUAAAUACAAACCUAAUGUUUAUAUUUAACCGACUCAGGUACUUUGGUGAUUGACUAUGCAUUGUGAUAUUUGUGCGGGUUACAGAUUUAGCAAGCUAAUUCCACCCCCCACCCUAGAAAUACAUUCUCACUGAUUUUGGAUAGUAACACAGUUCCUUCAGAAUGCCAAUUUUCUUUAUUUCUGUUUACACAAAAGUUGAGGUGCAAUCCAUACCUUUUUCUACACACAAGUCUAUGAAUGAAGUCAAGGUAAAAUUGACUCGGUUUGACAGGAGCAGCAGUGGAUUAUGAACCAUUUUAAGCAAUGCAAUGAUGAACAGGAGAUCGUCCAGCUGAAUGUUUGUGUUGUCUCAUCAGGCCAGUGAAUGGGAGACCUGUGGGGUUAUGCCUUUGUCAUUUUUUAAAAUGUAUUAUGUGUCUACUUGAAAUGAGCAGAAAUUAAUGUCCCUGCUUUAUUUGCCUUUGUCAAAGUACAUGUGAUGUGUACUGAGGUGUUAUAUACUUUGCGAGAUAAUGUACAAGUAGAAGAUAAUGUACAAAUUAAGAUAUGAGUUAACAUUGAAAGUUGGGCAAGCAUGUAAAGGGGACUUUUUUUGUUGGGUUUAUGCAACUUUGAUGUCCAGUGCUGGAGGCACUUAAGAUGAAGAUUAUGUACAAAUGUUGCCUUCACAGAUAAGGUUAAAUAUUAAAAGUAUGAUGAAACCUACCUACUUAGUGAUUAUUAACAGCCCAGGGUCUGGAAUAACAGGACUUUGUACAGAACGAGACACUUCUGUUCUUCGCUGUCUGUGAUAUCCCAAUUCAGACAGGUUCCAACAACUUUGCCUCAUUUUGUAGCAGGAUUAACUACAAAUAGUCCAAAGCUACUAUAAUGUGGCUUAUUUUUGGCAUUAAACAAUACAUCUAGCUUGCUCCCCUGGGAGUUCUUGUUGAUGAUUCUAGAUAUCAAUAGUGGAAAGACAUUUCCGAUCUCCAGCACUGUCAGACUAUUGCAUGCCCAUGGCACGUGUUUAAAAUUCACCCCAGUAAUUAAAAGAAUGAAUAGAUGUCAAUGUUUAAUAGUAAUGUGAAACUAGUGAAAUAUCAAUGUAAAAUUACCUCAUUAAUUUACUUGGAUAAAAUAAA